AUGCAACCUCUUGUCAAACUCUUCGGCCAAGCCAUCAAGUUCAAUAGUUUAGCCUCAACCGAAAGCUCCUCACGACAAGACGAUGCCGUUCCACCUCAACACCUUCGAGCUGCGAGAGCAAACAAGACCAAUUCCAUCACUUCUACGGCGAUCACCACUCAUUCAGUUUUGAAUUCCGUUGGUUCUGUUGGUUCUUCUUCCAACAAUAACAACUCGACUCAUCAUCAUCAACAACAACAACAAACCACUCCCACGACGAACACUUCAUGUUCCUCCUCAACGUCGAGAAGUCAUAACUCCUCUCCUUCCUCCUCUCCCAAACAUGAAGAUGAUGAUGCCUUUAAUACAAUGACUCCUGGAACCAAUUCGGGUUCAGCCUCUCUCGAUGGUUUGGAUUAUCUCUUGUUGGGACAUCAUUCACCUGGUAGAGGUGGUGUAGUUCAUACGCCCUCCUCCUCGACCCAUCCUCUUCAAUAUUCCACCACUGUUGGUUCUACGGCUGUUGUUGGAGCGACGACAACCAUUCAUUCCUCUUGGAAUAAUCCACACUCACACUUGGCCACCUCUGCAAAUAUGCAUCCCUAUGAUUUACAACAACAACAACACUUUUUGAACAUUCCAUCUUACAACAACCCUCGUUUCUCAACGGAGAGUAGUACAGGUUCGAAAGGACUCUCCACCACACCCGUGGAUGCUCAUCAUCCAAAAAAGCAUUUGCCAAGUGGUUCUCUCAUUCGUCCCUAUCAUCACUACAAGAUUUUCUAUUGUGGAGAUAAUCGAUAUAAUCUGUUGCAUGACAUUGCAGUGGAUCAAUUUGUAUUAUCGAAAUCGACAAGGUUGUACAAGAUUGGAAAAUCAGCACCUAUUGAUCGCUUGUCCUUGUCCAACUCUAAAAUCACAUCAACGAGGAGAUCUUCCAAUUCAGCUCACAAUCCUUCUCAACAUCAUCAUCAUCAGCAACAACAACAACCUAAGAACAUCCAGCAACAACAACACUCGUUCAAUAAUUUUCAUCAUCAUCAUCCUCUUCAAGUUACAUCCUCAGCAGCAACAACAGACAUGUUCACCACAAGUGCUGACCAUCAUCAUGACGGAAUGAUGGUCGAUGGCAACACAGAUGCUUCAUUUCUUCUCAAACCACCAGCAAUCUCUCUCUCGCUCGCAGACGAUGAUUCUUCCAUGUUGUUAUCGACGAUGGAACAGCAAUCCUUACCAACAGAGGAUUUCAUGGAUAUCCAACAAGCGAGCUCUUUCUCAAUUUCUUCGUCACUCUUGAAUAUUGCUCCAAUGCCAACCUCCAUUGGCCAACAAUUAUUAUAUUCCUUGUCAACGACGGCGAACAACCUUCCUCCUUCGAAUUUAUGCAACAACGGCCAAAACCAUGCUCCGUCCAUCAAUGAUCAUCCAGAUUGUCACAUGAAAGAUGAUGACAACUACCACAUGCUGUACAAUACCAAUGACGAAAGAGAUUUAUUUCAACAUCACCACCGCCAACAACAACAACAUUUGGAUCCCUCUUUCAUCAUGUAUCAUAAUCCACAACCCUAUUUCAAGAGUUCUGUCGAUAGUGUGACCUAUCUUUCACCUUUCCUUAACAAUCCAACAAUGGACAAUCCAAUUUCCAACAAUCUUUCGACUGACAUUGCCACUAAUGGAGUAUAUUUAACGAAAAUGUCGAGCAACCAUUCGUCGAGCUCUGAAAAAAAUCCUUUCGGAAGUCAUAGCAGCAAUGGAACAUCCUCCUCAUCAAACAAGUCAGGUUCUCGCAGUUCCAUCUUUGGUUCAAGUUCUAGUUUUGCAGAAGGUAUCGAAACGACAGUCAUUCAUCCAAUUGAUAUUCAUCGAUUUUUGUCCUCCUCCUCAUCAGUCAUGACUGCUGCCACUACAAAAACUAACUCUGGUCACAUGUUUGCCAACAACUUUUCUUACAUUACUGAAGAAAUUAUAUUUGUGGCCGCUGGCUUUGAUAGUACAUUUUUCUUGAGUCAAUCCGGAAGAAUUUGGUCAUGUGGUGAAAAUGCUUGUCACCAACUUGGACAUCCUGGAAAUGAUCUUGAUGAAAUUCGAGAUGCACAAUUUUUGAAUAUUAAGGAAAUAUUUUCUCGAGGGGAACAUACAUUAUUCCUUGCCAAUGAUAACAUGACCUUGUAUUCGUGCGGAAGCAACAGAUAUGGACAGUGUGGAGUUGGUACUUUUGAUCCAGAAAUUCGCUCACUUGCAAGAGUCAAGAAUAACAACUUUGGCACUGUUCAACAAAUUCUCCAAGUUGUGUGUGGUUAUGAUCAUACAGUUGUUUUGAGUGCGGAUCACAACGUUUACAUGUGUGGAGACAAUACUGAUUUCCAACUUGGUAACUCAUUCCCUCAACAUGUGAAUACUCUGACCAAGUUAGACACCACAAAAUUCACCAAAUCUAGAAUUGUCAAAGUUCAGGCAGGAGAUUAUCACACGAUUGCCCUCACUGCAAGUGGAGAGGUAUUUGUGACAGGAUCCAACAAUUAUGGAGAAAUUGGUAGCACUGGUACCAAAGAAUGUUUCACUCUGCUGACAGAACUUUACAAAUCGUUUGGCAACAUUACCAUUACGGACAUUUUUUCCAACUCUCUGACUUCAUAUUUGCGUGAUUCGAAUGGCAAUUUUUAUGUGAUGGGAGAUAAUCAAUAUGGACAUGCCGCUGUUGGUUUUGCCAAAGAUGUCAUUCCACCCAUGCGCUCAACAAUUUUAUCAGAUCCAGAUGUUUUAGAUAUUUAUGUUGGAAAGUGUCACUUGGUCUAUACGAAACGCUCUAAGAAAUCUCCACAAGAUGUCGAAGUUUUUUCACUAGGACUUAAUGAAUUUAAUCAACUAGGCAUUGAGUCAGCAGGAGCAGACGAUCAUCAUAUCACUCCUGUUCGCCUUUUGGAUUUGGAGACCAUUUAUCAAUAUCAACAAAAGAGAUGGAGAACCAAACGAAUGAAUAUUGUCUGUAGCACCUAUGCCACCAUUGUGUAUUUCACUCAAAGAAACGAACAAGAAACGACAGAACUUUUCAGACUUUUAAUGCUUUGUCUCAUACAGCCAGAUAAAUGGUUCAAAGCAGUUGAGGGUAAGAAGAAGUUGGAAAUGGGAUUUGAUUUGUUGGGUAUUGAGGGAGGUAAUGUCAACAAUUUUGCUGAUAUUUCCAUGUUGUGUGUGGAGGAUUAA